AGAGAGAACGAUAUGUCUUUUAUUUCAAAUGGCAACAGGGUAUGCCAAAGUCAACAGCUUUGAUUCCAGCACUCUUAUUGUUUCUUGUUUCACAAAAUUUCUUCACUUUCAGUUUCGUGUUUUUCUUACUCUACCUGAGUCGCUGCCAACGUUGGCUAUUACUUAUAUGAGCUGGGGCUAUCAUCUCGGCAGCACUAUUUUGAAUUCGAGAGUGUAAAGUAACACACGACCUGUUGCUUUUUCGUGCGGCGAAUUCGCAGCAAUGUUGUCAUUGCCUUCUUGAAUAUUAAUCGUGUCCUAGUGCAGUGGCAAAUAAAAAUUCAAAGUCAAAUACGUACAUUUGUUUUUAAAGUGUCAGACAAAAGAAUAGGCAAACCGUGUUAGGAAGCAGAUACCUAUUUGAAAAAGGAUUUGAAAAAAAAAAAAAAGAAAACAACGGUCGACUAAAAUCUAGUCUUUUAAGCAUAACGGAGAAGACAAAAAGUUUGCUUACUGACUUGUUAACCAAAGUGAAAGUUUUCUGCUUGUUAUAAGAUGAAUCUCAAACUUAGUGAAAAACUGAUGCUGUUGCGGUUAGCUUUACUGACGUCUUUCUGUUUUUGUGUUGCCAGGGCUGUGCUAAACGGAAACGACGUCAACCGACGUGAAACUGGCUUAGACCUAUACGGCUCACCACCUAGGCCAACACCACAUUUUAGUCAUACUCUCCAUCAAGUACCACACCGUGAGUAUGGUGUUCCCCAGCAGAUUCCCUUUAGAGAUUACAGCUUGCCGAUAUUGAAAUAUGGCCCUCCAAAGCUUGACAAUUUUGGCGGUGGCUCUGGGCUAUCCACGAAUGGAUUGCAUGAGCAAAUCAAGACACACUUUGGCGUUCCCAAGCCAUUCUAUGGACCACCGCAUUCACAGUAUAGACCCACAACAGAAUAUGGUAUACCACAAAAGGCACCACAUUACGGCUCACCACCAAAAUCAUUUCCACAGCUUUUGAAAAUUCAACACCGUCCGGUACCACAGUAUGCAGCACCUCCAAAGCAUAAAUUUUUCACACGGCCUGUAUCACCACAGUUAUUGCCGGUAUCACAUUCUGCCCAACUGUUUAACCCUUCUCAUCACCCAGCAACUUCUUAUGGUCCGCCCGCCUCGGGACCAUCAAACCUCCCAGCUAAGCCGGCUUACGAAACACCUCCAAACUACGGACCACCACCACUUCCCAUUAACGUACCAGGUCCUCAAUCAACAGAUUUCAGCCAUGCUCCAGCAACGACUAUUAUAUUAAAUAAUUCAGGUGUACAGCAACUCUCUAGUGACCCAAUUGAUAGCCCUUUUAAGCAAGUUGAGAUCCAAAUAGAUGCCUCUGGACACACACACAGUGUGACUGGCUCGCAAACACCUUUUCACACUGCAUGCGAUGGCUGGAAACCUAUUCCAACACCGAUUGGGACCUACAUUGAAAAGAAUCACAUUGUAACUCAAAGUGGUUACAGUCAUGUCGAUCAGGGCCAUAUAAUUGGCUCACAAUACAAUUUUGGUAGAGCCAACAGUGCCAAAACUGUCAACGGCAUUUCCGACGAGCAACUUGUAGCAGUCGCACUUCAGGGUGAGUCCGGUAAUAUCGUAACUGGUCCUACUAGCGACGGUAAUCUGAGCACCGUUGACUCUGAAGCGUUACAGGUUUUCGCCGGCGCAAAUGAUACUUACUCCAAGCCCCCAGCAGAUUCAUAUCAGCCUGGAUCUAUUUAUGAUACGAAAUAUAAAGCUGUUGCUGGGGAAAGUCGGCCACUACCACAUAUAUUUGGUCCUGCGUAUGGCGUUUCACCGCAACAGCAGCUUUUUGCUGAUGCGUUUCCUCAGUCUCAAGCCCUGUCGCAUUCACAUUACAAUUCAAACAUGCUUUAUGGUACACAUUCUGGUAAUCCAAAGUCUUAUCGCGGACAUCCUAAGUCACCAGUCGCAUUCCGCCCACCUGUGCCGACGGGCCUUAUAGAGUCCAUAGGGGCUACUGUGCAGCAUUUGGAUGAACUUGGUGUAAAGCCACCGUCGCAAGCACCUACAUAUAUUCCCCCUGCAACUCACGAAAUUCCAUUAAAUAGUGCGGAUUCUGCAUUACUACCCGCAUACGGCGCGCCCUUUAAUCGGCUGGCAUCAUCACAGGUUAUUAUGCAACAGCAGCUUCCGCAACCGUAUCAAGGACCCAUUUUUGCUCCGCUUGAUAUACAAUCGCUACCAAGUCUUCAUUAUAUUCCAUCACCGCAGCAACAGCGGGCACCGGAGCAAUAUUUUUCAGAUAGACCCUCCCCAAAUAUCCACCUUCCGAGUCAGCAAUCGAUAAGCAAUAAUGUGAUUCCCCAGAACAUGCCAUCAGUUUUCUAUUCUCAGGCACUACCAUUAAUCCAGCAAAUUGACCGAUUUAACCAACAAACAUCAGUAUCAGUGGGACGGCAUCCUUACCAGCACCAUCAGACACAAAUUGUGUUACACGAUUGCGGCCAAGGUCCCAAUUUGAUCAGCAGCUCUGGGUACCAAGUGCAUCAGCAACAACAAUUUGGGAGCGUUUCGACAGAAUCUCCUAGCGUAUACAAUGCCAUAGAGCAGAGUGUUCCUGUAGCGGAACAGCAUACACAAUUUUUAGCUGGUGCUGCUGACAGUUAUGGCCCACCGUCUUCUGGAAAUGAAAUUGAGCUUGAUCAUUUCGGCUAUGAGUCACAAAAAUCCGCAGUCACAGCACUGCCGGAUGGUACAGAUCUGCAGCAGCUACCAGGUUUAAAUGAAUUGAAUGUAAUAUCUGCACAAAAGUCUCAAGACAUUAAGUUUGGCGCAAGUAAUGGACAGCCACUUCAAAACUUUCAAAUACAAUUUGGUAGUUCAGUAAAUAAUGGUGGUAUCAAUCAAGGAAAUGAUGGUAACAUUGAUGAUCCAAGUGCAACGCACGUAGACAUUCUGUCACAAGGUCUACUUCAAUCAAUAUUGACUGCAAUAGAACAGCCUCAAUCAGCGUCGUCUGUGCCACAGAGCCAUAAUGCACAAAGUCGUUCUGACGACCAAUACCAAGAGAAUGAAAAGAAACGCGAUAUAGGACAUAAUCCGCAAACAAAUCAGCAUCAUAACACACCUGAAAGUGUCGAAUUACAAAUUUUACCCGAUACAGAUAUUAAGAACACAAAAGAUAACGAGAUGGUGCCUAUUGUAGCUGCCGACGUGGAAGAAAGGUCCAAGCAUUAAGUCAAGUAAUUACAUAAGUAUUUAUCGCUUGAAAUCCAUACUUGUUUACAUACAUAGAAAUGUAUUUAUGUAAAUAUAGUCAACUUAAAUCAUUUGUAUAUUUCAUUUUCCUUUUACUUUCUCCGUAAAAUUCACUAGGGAAAAUAUAGCCAUAAUAUAAAAUAAUAUAAUAUGACAGUUACUUUCGAAAUAAGCCAUUAAAUUUUAUACAGUAUGUCCAUAAAUUGUUUUCAAAACAAUUUGCUAUUGAUGAUAGUAAAUAGUUUGAUAGUGAUAUGCAUGUACGUACGAUAAUAUAUGUAUAUAUAUAUUCUGUAUAAAAAUAAAUGAAAUAAAUUAUUUAUUUAUUAUCAUAA